AUUUGAUUAAACGAAACGUGAAUGAUUCUGAUGAACUAUUAUCGACUAUAUAGAUUAUGUAACCUUUAUAUACGCACUAAAGUGUUCUCUUUCUGAUCAAGGUCAUUUAUUUCAUUAUAUAUAUAGAGAGAGACUUAGAUAUAUAUAAUAGAUUAAAACAAAUUCAGUAAUUUAACAAAAUUUGAUACAAUUAAGAGAUUAGUACAUUGAACCAAUAAGAAUGAUAAGUCAUCAAACUGGACCAAGUAUUACAUUUCCUGAUCGUAUUAGCGCUGAAAAUGAUGCAGAACAAUUACAUAACGCUUGUAAAUUACUAUCUACGGAUGAAGAAACCAUCACUAAAAUUCUAGGACAUAGAAAUCUACAACAACGUUAUCAAAUAAGAGAAACUUUUCAUAGGCGAUAUAAAAAGGAUUUAGUUCAUGUAUUAUGUAGUGCAACAAAAGGUGAUUAUGAAAGUCUUAUUAAAACUUUAUUUCGUGGAAGUAUACAAAUAUUAGCCCAUGAUUUAUAUAAAGGCUUAAAGAAACCAGAUAUUGUCAAUGAGAUCAUCUGUUGUUGUAAUAAUAAUGAAAUUAUUAUGUUGAAAAAAGCAUAUCAAGAAGUGCUUCAGGAAGAAGAGCCAAAAAAAGCUUCACAGCGUACACUUGAAACUGAUAUAAUCAAAGAAACAAAACCACCAUAUGAACAAUUAUUAGUAGCAUUAUUACAAGGAAAACGUGAUGAAGAUCCAUUUGAAUUAGUAGAAGAAGCUAUAAGAACUAGAAGUACAUCAAGAUUAAUUAAUCGAAGUCAAGUUGAAAAAGAUGUUGAAGAUUUAUAUUAUGCUGGAGAAAAACGUGCAGGUAAAGGUGAUUCUGAAACAUUCAUCAAAAUUCUAACAAAACGAAGUAAAUAUCAUGUGAAAGAAAUAUGGGAUGUCUAUUUAUCAAAAUAUCAUAGUACAAUAGUUGAAGUUAUAUCGAAAAAAUUCUCUGAGCCAUUUAGAUCAGGAUUAAAUACAAUGAGUGUUUCACUUUCGAUUGAUAUAUACUACUUAUAUCUGUCAAUAUCAGUAGCACAGAUCAUAAAGUAAUAUCUACAAUCAACUGAAUAAUUAUGAAAUAAUCAUUUCAAAACUGUAACUUUUUACAAUUCAUGAAUAGUUGACAACACUAGUAAGGUGUUCAAUUCAAUUUAAACUAACUAUAAAACUUCGAUAAUGUAAUCAGAAGACGAAGAUUAUCAGAAUUAUGUGAUAUAUUAGCGCAAUACAUUUCGAACAAUCUGAUCACACGUAAACUUGUUAAGAGCAAUUAUAUAUAAAAAUAAAAAGGUCAACUAGACUGGAAACGGGGUAAGAGGAGAUAAGGAUGAUAAUAAUAAGAGUAACAAUAAUGUGAAUACAAUUCGAAACCUAAUCACUCUGGAUAAGUCAAUAUUACCAGGGUAGAUUUAAGGUAAGAACAAACUGUUUUUGAACACACAAAGUGGGUUUGAAUUUUCGUAUGGCUAAAGCUUCAAUAAACCUUAAUAUACGCCCUUUUACACUUUUAUACAAAAUCACAAAAGCCGAGUUUAGAUCAAUCAUAUGGCCUGGUUUGAUUAUAUGUUUAGCAAUAGAGGAUGAUGGAUGUUUAUCCUCUGCUCUUAUUGGGUCACUUGAUUGUAUUUGUUUCUGCAACCAUUUUGGUACACACCCUAAUUUUGAGAUCACGAUUGCUCCUACCUAUGUAUGUGUGACCACACACACAUUGAAAUUGGUAGACACAGUGGGAUGUGAUACAGUCGUUUUCAUGUCUUUUAGGUUUUGGAUAAACCAUGCACCUUGUUCUUUCUUUGAUAAUGGCCUUUGCUGCGCAAUAUGUUUUGUUGAUGACCGAUUUAAGUCUUUGUUUCAAUAAAAGGCAAUUGGAAUCACCUCUGAAUGGUAGGGUGAUGUAUACAGGCUUUUUUUCCACUGAAGCCACAGUAGGUCUCAUUGUACCAUGAACUUUUCAUCUAUUUAUGAAUCUCAGAAGAUAGCCAUUUUCUAUUAAUGUUUUAUUUAGCAACUUAAUAUCAUCAUCAAUAGCAUCAUUUGUACAAAUUCGAUUAAGCCUGUUGAAAAGGCACCUUAUCAAACCACGUUUGUAUAGCACAGAGCAAUAGGCUAUAAUAACUAAGGUAUUGACCUGUCCACGUUGGUUUUUAAAAAAUGGAACGCUUGACUGAGCCAUCUUCUCGUCUACUCAGAAGUAUAUCUAGGAAGGGGAGCUGAUUGUUCUUCUCCUCUUCACAUGAGAGUCUGAUAUGGUUUUAGAGAGUGUUAAAUUUAUUCAAUUAACAGUGCAUAUCCUAUUUUCUUUCACAAAUAACCAAGAUAUCGUCAACAUAUGUGAACGAUAUGUAUUGCGCUAAUAUAUCAUCACAUAAUUCUGAUAAUCUUUGUCUUCUUAUUACAUUAUCGAAAUUUAUCAAAGGAGCUAAUUGCUAUAACUAUAAAACCUUUUUUGAAAUUUAGUCAUUUUCAACCCAUGAAAAUUCAAUGCAAUUCAGUAUGAUUGUCUUUUUUGUAUACUAAGUCGACAAUUAUCAUUAUUUCUUCUUCUUCUUCUUUAAAACAGUUAUGGCAUUGAUAGAUUUACGUUUGUUAUUAGUCUGUCAAUUAUAUGAUAGUAUGUACGGACUUGGAACACGAGAGGAUACAUUGAUACGAAUUACCUGUUUACGAUGUGAGAUUGAUAUGAAUACAUUGAAAUCAAUGUAUCGUGAAUAUUUUGGUAAACCAUUAAUUGAAGCAGUACGAGAAGAUACAUCGGGCGAUUUUCGCAAGUUACUUUUGGCAUUAUUGGGAGAAUAAUGUUUUUUCGAGCGGGGGUGGGGAUGAAUAUAAAAUAAUGUCCUAUUAUUAUUUUCAUUAAUAAAUAACAAACUAUUUUCCUUGCAACAACAAUGAAGCUUUCAUUCAUUCAUUAUUAUUAUUGUAAUGAAUUAAUUAUGCCUUUCAGCUUGCUUUUAUUUAUUUCCAAAACAUAGUCUAUGUAUAUCAUGAAUUUAAAGAGAGUUAUUGAUGUUGUUUGGUUGAUUAAUAAUGUGUAUAACUCAUUAUUGUUAUCACUCGUGGCAUUGUACUCCUAUCAAUAUAUGACAUAAUGAUACCUCCGAUUAG